UCCCAACUGAUAUUAUUAAUGGAGUUCUGACACACCAAAACAAAUGCUUCUGUACCAAGGACACACAGGAGAAAUGGUCAUUCAUUCUUCCCUGUGCUAGGACUUCUCAUCCAAGAAGCUCAUGGAAGUUUCCAGAUCACUCUGUUUUGUCCUUCUUGGUUGGGUUUCGUUCUUCUGUCUUGAUGCACAACAAAUCACAAGCAUAAGUUGUGACAAUACACCCGAUGAACUACAGCUGUCACCACUGCCUGAAGAAUAUACUGGGGACAUUGAAUGGAUUACAAAUAUUCCACCAAAUGUGAAAUUGACAUUAGAAGCAUUCAUAUUCCCAGAACACUUACUAUAUGUGGAGCUAUUAUUCACUCCUGGAUCUAAUAAUGCAACCGUGAGGACUACUAAGCCACUGGAUACUGAUGCCCUUGAGAGCAGCGAUUUUUUUUAUGAUAUUUAUUGCCAAAGGACUGGGAUAGAUGAAAAAGUGAAGAAUGCACGUAAAUUAUUCUUAAAUGAUAUAAAUGACAAUUCUCCAGUAUUUGUACAAACCCACUACAGCGUUUCAAUAUCAGAGGCAACUGAAGUAAAUCGGACAGUAAUAAAAGUGGAAGCUCAGGAUAAAGAUCUGACACCUGAUUUCAGCAUCAUUAGUUACAGUCUUUUGGGUCCGAACUCUGAUUACUUUCACAUAAAGGAAGGGGAUGGGAACAUCACGCUGAAAAAAGUUUUGGAUUACAACAAGAUCAACAGUUUCAAUCUAACGGUACAAGCAAAGGAAAAACUUGGAGUCAACAAUGGCACAGCAUCGUUGCUAAUUCAUGUAUGGGAUUAUGAUACAAUGAACCCCUAUUUCAAUCAAUCAAUGUACAAAGCAACAAUCCUAGAAAACAAGACUGGCAUUCUGCCUACUCUCCCAGAGAAGAUUGUUGCUAAAGAUGGAGACAUAGGUAUAAAUGAAAAAGUAUCGUACAGCAUCCAACAUGUGGACCCUCCAGUUUAUCACAGCGCUUUCUCAAUUGAGGCUGACAGUGGACUGCUGGAAUUAAAGACCCCAAUUGACAGAGAGAAUUGCUCCUUCCUUACUGUUGGGAUUAAGGCUACUCAGCAGGACAAUGAUCUUAAAACAGCUAACACGAUAGUGUUGGUUACUAUCCAAGAUGUGAAUGACAAUCCUCCAGAAUUUCCACAAUCAAAUUAUACGGUCUCGGUUCCAGAAAACUCCCCAGACGGGACGAUGGUGCUUCAAGUAACCGCCACUGACAAAGAUGAGGGUGGCUUCCGUGGAACAUUCAGUCUCAUUCCAGAUGACAGUCCUUUCCAAAUACGUGACACUGGGAUCCUGACUGUGAGGAACUCCAGUGCCUUAGACAGGGAGAGAACAGUGAUGAUCCUCCUGCAGGUGAAUGCUAGAGAUCAUUUGUCACCCUACUUUGAGGCCCACUCUAUAAUCAACAUAUCACUGCUGGAUGAAAAUGACAACACUCCAGCCUUUGAAGGCACACCAUACAAACAGCAGAUUUUUUCCAACAUGACUGCAGGAAUGCCCGUUCUUCAGAUUGUGGCUCAUGAUCCAGAUGAUGGCAUAAAUGGAGAGACACGGUUUAUCUUAGUGAGUGGCAAUGAAGAAGGACACUUUGAACUGAAUGAAACCUCUGGGCAAAUCAGUUUGAAAACACUGAUCCCAUUACUAGUCAACCAAUUGAAGAACUUCACCUUGUGGAUAACAGCCACAGAUGGUGGAAUGGUGCCAAGAAGUUCAUCAGUUCCAGUACAGGUCUUUGCAGUUGGAGACUCUAGACCUCGGUUUAUUCACAAAACAUAUGAUGGGACUUUGGAGGAAGAAUUAAACAGCCCUGUUGCAGUAACAAGAGUAGAAUUCGUGUCUGUGGAUCCCCUCAUUCCAGUUACAUUGCAAGUGUUGACAGAAUCAGAUAUUUUUGAUGUUGACAUCAAUGGAACCAUCUGGACAAAAACCAAACUGGACUAUGAAUCUCAGAAAUCUCAUGAGAUAAAUGUUUCUUUGACUGACGGAAAAACAAUUGACUAUGCUGCAGUGUUUAUCAAAGUUACAGACAUCAACGAUAACCGUCCUGUGUUCAAUGCAAUCAAUGCUACCAUUCAUGUGCUAGAGAGCAUGCAAGUUGGAGCCACUGUUCUCAGUGUGUCAGCUGCUGAUGCAGAUGAUGGCUUUAAUGGGUUAGUGUCUUAUACUUUAAAAGGCGGAGAGGGAAAGAUGGAUGUUGACUCUGCGGCAGGAUUAAUUGUGCUGAGACGGGAACUGGACAGAGAAACACAAGCAUUUUAUAACUUAACAGUUAUUGCCAGUGACCAAGGCCAACCAGCUCUCUCUGCUGUUGUGAACUUUACCAUCUUUGUUGAUGAUGUGAAUGACAACCCUCCAACUUUUCCCUUGGGCGGAUACCAAGUGAGUGUCUCUGAAGAUGAAAUGAUCGGGAAGGUGCUAUUGACAGUGUCAGCUACGGAUUUGGAUUCUGGGGCCAAUGCUCAGGUGAAGUACAGAAUAAUUAGUCAGCUUCCUCAGAGUUCCUUGCCGAUGGUCCUUGUCAAUUCAACCACAGGCCAGCUUACCCUGAGCCAGCAGCUGGACUACGAAACUGUCAAACUGUUUGAAGUAAGAGUGCAGGCAUCAGAUGAAGGGAUCCCAAGCCUCAACACCAGUGUGCUUGUUGUUAUCCAUGUACUGGAUGUCAAUGAUAACCCCCCUGAAUUUAGUCAGCCAGUGUACAAUAUAUUUGUUCUUGAAAACAUACAGAAGGACAGCCUCAUCUACGCACUCAAUGUUACUGACAAGGAUCAGGUCGGCUUCUCUCAGGGGUAUUUUAUUCUUAACAAUACCAUGUUUGCUGUCGAUAAACAUGGGAUACUUUCCAUAAGGAACGACACAGAACUCGACAGAGAAUCUACACCUAGGUUAACUUUGCAAGUCUGGGCAGUUGAUGCUGAAACGGAAGGGCUCAAUUCUAGUGCCCUGUUAGAUAUCACAGUUCUGGAUGUCAAUGACAAUAACCCUGAGUUUCAGAUGCAGCCCUUCAAUUUUACAACCCCGGAAGGAGACUAUACAUUGGAUGCACCUACCGUAGUUGGACAUGUAGCUGCCACAGAUUUGGAUGAGGGAGAAAAUGCCCACAUCACAUUUCACCUAGUCGCAGAAGAUGGGAAGAAUCCAUUUAGCAUCCAACAAAAUGGAACUAUUUUGGCUAAUGGGUUUAUGGACAGAGAAAUCAAAGAGAAAUAUGAGCUUUUGUUAGUGGCAUCUGAUAAUGGAGUACCUCAGAGACAGAAUUUCACAUAUGUCACCAUAAGUGUAUUAGAUGUAAAUGAUAAUCCUCCACAAUUUACAAAAACCCAAUAUUCUGCAAAUAUACGUGUAGCAACUGCAAAAGAGGGAGUUUCUGUUCUGUCAGUAUCUGCUACCGAUCGUGACCUUGCGAACAAUUCUCUUAUUUCAUACAGCUUCAUGAACCAUUCUGAUGAUUUCUGGGUAAAUGAACUUACUGGAGAGAUCACUCUUGCCAGUAAUCUAGCCCAUAUCACAGCUGACACAGUCAUUACAUUGACAGUCAUUGCUACUGACCAUGGGGUUCCUCAGCUAACAUCAAAUGCUUCUGUUAUUCUCUAUCUGCUGGUAAAUGACACUGACUUUGGACUGACUUUUGAAAGCUCCAGCUAUGAGUUCAGCAUUUUGGAACAGGAACCAGUCACAACUGCUGUUGGCUCUGUGAAGGCCCUGACCGGAAGCAUAGCCAUUAGAGUCAUAUACUCUCUCAAGUCAUAUACUGACAAGUUUUCUGUUAAUGACCAAGGAAACAUUAUGACCCUUGUCAGUUUAGAUCGAGAAGAGCAGGAUCUUUAUAGCAUCAUUGUAGAAGCCGUUGAUUCUGCGAUGCCACCCAAUUCAGCUGUGACUUUGGUUACAGUCAUUGUGAUUGAUACCAAUGACAAUUCUCCUGUUUUCUCAACACUGAUUCAAACCAAACGAUCAGCUCCUGAGAAUGAAGACACUAUAGACUUUGGCAUAUUUUCUGCUGUAGACCAAGAUGUAGGAGUGAACGCCCUUAUAAACUACUCCUUGGAGAAUCACUUUGCGGGAACUUUCCAUAUUAACAGUUCCACUGCCAGGCUGGCUACAAAAAGAGCCUUGGACAGGGAAAUGGUGGACAGUUAUGAAUUGAAAAUAAUAGCCACUGAUUCUGGAAUCCCCAAACAAUCUGCAAGUUUAGUUCUCAGCAUCACUGUAGAAGAUGUGAAUGACAACCCUCCAGUGUUCCUACAGAAAUCAUUUAAUGUGACUGUGAAAGAGAAUGAGCCUCCGAGUGUGAUUUUGAAUGUGACAGCAACAGAUAAAGACACAGGUUACAAUGCUGUUAUUCAUUAUGCUAUAACUGAAGCAACCUCAUUUUAUGUCGGAGAACUUUCUGGACAUAUUACAACCCUGCAGCCUCUGGAUUAUGAAAAUUGUGCCCAACACACAAUUGUACUGAAAGCUUUCAAUCCUGGAGAUCCACAUUUCCAGGAUACAGCAAAUAUUACAGUUAACGUGGAAGAUGUAAAUGAAGAAGGACCCAAAUUUGACAGGCCUUCAUACUACAAGAUUCUUCGAGACAAUUCAACUGCUGGCAUGAUGGUAGUAGAUAUCAAUGCAACAGAUGAAAGCAAAGGUUUUGAUGAAGGCAUUUACUACAAUCUAACAGGUGGGAAUUUUGAAGGCCUUUUUAAGAUUUCAAAUACCACGGGACAGAUCAUUUUGACAAGAGACACAGUGAAACAAACUACCACUGUGCAGUAUUCUUUGAUGGUCACUGCAACAGACUCAGGUCUUCCACCUCUUUCAACCUCUGUCAAGGUGUCAGUGAUGAUUGCCCCCAUCAACACUUCAUUCCCAGUGUUCUCUGCAGAUGUCUACCAGCCUGAUGCUCUGAGUGAGAAAGCAUUACCAGGGACGUUCGUAGUACAGAUCAGUGUGCUGUAUAAGAGCCCUGUAAUAUACAGCAUUAUAUCAGGCAAUGAAAAGGGUUACUUUAGUAUUGAUCAGUUUAGUGGCAUAAUAAGAACAACGAAGAACCUGACAGUAGAAGAGUUUCCAAUCCUCUUUAUUGUGCAAGCAAUAGAUUCAUCUGAGCCCAACAUCUACAGUCAAGUGUCUGUGCAAGUGACAGUCAUUGAUGAAAAUGAUUUCCCUCCUGUUUUCCCAUCCUCUUUGCUUGAAGCAACACUACAAGAGAAUUCAACUUCUACCCAAAUCAUUCAGAUGAAGGCUCAAGAUAAUGAUACAGGUAGAAAUGGUUUUCUCACAUACGGCAUUCUGAGUGGAGAUAUACAGAAAUUCAGGAUAGAUGAAACUACUGGGAUUCUUUACUCCUCUGUUCCUGUUGAUUAUGAAGAGGGACCUACAAAGUAUCAGGUUGUAAUAUAUGCUGAAGACAAUGGGAUCCCUGAGAAGAAAAGGGGUUAUUGCACCGUCAUCAUAAACAUCAUUGACAUUAAUGACUGCCCACCAGUGUUUGACCCAGUGAAUACGCUCAGUGUUAUGGAAAAUGCACCUGUAGGAUUCAUUGUUGGAAAAGUCACUGCAACAGACAGAGAUGAGGGAGAUAAUGCCUUUGUUCUGUAUAAUCUCAUAGGUGGUGGUGGAAAUAUAUUUGAAAUAGAUGAAGUACAUGGGAACAUUAAGAUAAAGAAUUCUCCAGACUAUGAAACUCUGAAUAGAUACAUCCUUACAGUGAACGCAUGCAACAAUAAAUCUGCCCCUUUCUAUCAGGCCAAUACUACUGUCACUGUUGUAGUGGCUGAUAUAAAUGAUAACGCUCCAGAAUUCACUCAGGACUCCUAUAAUGUGACAAUAAACAUGAUCAAUCCUGUAGCAGCUCACGUCAUUACUGUGAAAGCCACAGACAAAGAUCAGGGGGAAAAUGCUCUUAUUGAAUACUAUAUCCUGCCGGAUUUUAGCUUCAGCCAGUUCUUCCUGAUUGAGGAUAUAAAUGAGGGGAAAAUAAUAACAAUUGGAAACCUGUCCAAACCUGGAGAGAUCCCUUUGAGAAUAAUAGCUAAAGACCGAGGUUCUCCUCCAUUAAAUAGUACAGCCUUGAUUAAACUCAAUGUGCUUGACAAUCGCCCAUUUGUCCCACAGUUUAAUCAGACUGACAUCAGCACAACUGUGAUGGAAAACACAGGAGCCGCACAUUUAGUUUACACUUUUGCUGUGAUGGAAGCCUUAGGGAGACCAAUUGAUUACAGAAUUGUAUCUGGUAAUGAGCGUGCCCAUUUUAUACUGGAUACAAAAAGUGGACAGCUAAAAACGGCAAUUAACUUGAACUAUGAGGAAAUUUCUCAGUAUACAAUUACAGUUGAAGCAAAUGAAAGUCCCUCUUCUGGCACACAGGUCCAGUAUUCAGGUCUGUUUUCUCAAAAUGUGGCAAGACUAACAAUCUUAGUGCAAGAUGUAAAUGAAAAGCCAGCAUUUUUGAACAGCUCCUACUCUGUUCGGAUCUUGAACUCAGUGCCGUACAAAUUCCCAGUUGUUAAAGUUCAGGCCACAGACCCAGAUUCAGGAGAUAACGGGUUUCUGCUGUACAGGUUGGUGAAUCAUCAAACCAAUGAAUUUGACAUUGAUGAAAAUACAGGGCAGAUUUAUACAGUGUCAGUGACAGGAAAGAUUGGAUCAUUUCCUUUGCAAGUCGAAGCUGCAGACCAAGGAGGGAAAGGACUCACGACACAAGCAACAGUCGAUGUAACCAUUGAUCCCAGUUCCAAUGAUAACAUUGUGGUACUUGUCCUUAGUCAGAAGAUCAAUAUUGUUGAAAGAAACAUUCCUGAAUUAAAAAGGGUUCUAGAAGGAAAACUCGAAUGGACUGUUUACAUCAUUGAUGUGUUAUCUAAUACUGUUGACAGAAGAGUAAGAGAAAGCAUGGAUGUAACCUAUGUAAAGAUUGUCGCUGUUGAUCAGGCAGCCCAAGCAAUACCUGCGGAGCAUGUAAAAAGAAAAUUUAAGGAACAAGAGAUGGCCAUUCAAACUGAACUGGAGAAAAUAUUUGGAACUUCUGUUUCUGUUGCAGUAGAAGAGAUACCUGUUGACUCAAUGCCCUCUGAACUUAUAGCAACCAUAAUUCUAAGUAUUCUGCUGGGCUGCAUUCUUAUAGCCUUUGUGACAUACAUAUUUGUUACUAGAAAAAGAAAUGCUAAGCUACAAUUCUUAGUCAAUGAACACAAUGAAAUUAACAGAAAUAUAGGAAAUCCUUAUGCAACUGACAGUGAUGCAAGUCCACAAAAUUUAAGGAAACAAGAUGACAAUGAUGCCCAAGUGAUGGAAGUUAAAGAUGUGGAAAAUAUCAAUAAAAACAAUGAUGAGAAGGAAAUAUUAGUAGAGAAACAAAAAUGUGAUGACCGUGACAUUCUACUAUUAGAUGUUAAAAAUGAACAUGAAGAAAAUGUAGCACCCAAAGAGACCACUAAGCCUAAUAAUGUAGCUCCUCAGCUCACUACAGAAGCUGUUACCAAUCAGACUUGCUUUCCGACAGAAACCAAUGAUGGACCAGCUUUUUCCUUAACACCUGAUCCAACAAUGCGUAAUAAUGGGAAAGAACUGAAAGGAGUAAGGUUUUCAGAAGUGGCAAUUAUUUUGGAGCCAGAGAAUGAAGAAAAUGACCCUGAUCUUGACACUUUAGUAGCAUUGACAGAGAGGGAGGACGAAGGACCUCAUAUCUCCGCCUUAUGAGAAUCAUAACCCUUGCUCUUAGAGUCAUUUAAAGUAUUUUGCUGUUCUAAUAAAAACAGGAACAUUGUCCAGAUUUUGAUUCCUAUAUGUAUAUGCUGUAAGAGAUUGACUGGGAAGUAAGUAAGUACAACAUUAAGGAGACUUUGUAGCUUCUGAAAAUCAAGGAAGUGCUCAACAAAAAAGUGUGUAUGAUUAUACUUCAAACUUGUUUUCCUCAGAGCAAAGAUAUUUUAAAAUGUGAUUAGUUUUUUGUGCUAUUUCAGACAUAAGAAAAUAUCCUCUGUGAUGACUUUUCAUAAUUUAAGAAAAAACAUUGUCCCCUACUAUCAAAUCGUUUUAUAUCCUUUUGCUGUUACA